UAAAGUCUCCUUCAUUACAAAUAUAAAGCUCCAGUUUAUCAUCAUAUUGGAAAGUAUUGAAAAUGUAUUGAUUGAUUCGUGUAUUGAUCAUCAUCCACUGAGGAUCAGCUGAAGUGUUUACGCGGGGGUGGGGCUUCACAGGCGGCUUUCUCCGGCUGACCUGUGCGUUUUGCACUUUCAGCUCCAGAGCUUCGCUUCUCCUCACAGAUCGGUUAAACAUCUACUCGGUGUUUUUGCUUUUGUGACUUUUCCCGAAGUUUUAUUUCAGACUUGACUCGGAAGUUGCUCCUCGGACCUGCGCAGUAGCGGACUGGGUGUAGUCUGGAGUCCCGUCUUUUCCUGCUGGAUUUGGUGCAUGGCGGCGGACACAAAGAGCUGAGGCCCGACUCCAGACCCUCACACAGCAGCACAGCCGGGAGACGAGCUCUGGACGCGGCCUGGAGCCGAGAAAAGCCGCCGCUGCCGAACUUUCCCGCAUGUUCUCACUUGAUGUUUGUAGUUGUUUCCUCGGGAAUCUGUCGGUAACCGGAUAGUUACCGCAAACUUUGGACGAGUUCAGGGAGAGUUUGUGUCGGAGCCGCGCAGAGAUUUUCUGGUCGAGGAGAAGGACGGAGAGGACCGAAAAAAUGCGAAGUUUGAUCCGGGCUCUGGUCGCUUGGAGCUGGGUGGCGGUGUGUGUCCGCGCUGCCAUGGACGAGUGCUCGGACGAGCAGGGCAGACCGCAGCGCUGCAUGCCCGAGUUCGUUAACGCCGCUUUUAACGUGACGGUGGUGGCGACCAACACCUGCGGCUCUCCGCCCGAGGAGUACUGCGUGCAGACCGGCGCCACCGGGGUCACCAAGUCCUGCCACAUCUGCGACGCCCGGGACCCGCGGAACCACCACAGCGCCGUGUACCUGACCGACUACAACAACCAGCAGGACACCACCUGGUGGCAAAGCCAGACCAUGCUGGCGGGCAUCCAGUACCCGAACUCCAUCAACCUCACCCUGCACCUCGGUAAGGCCUUCGACAUCACCUACGUCCGGCUCAAGUUCCACACCAGCCGGCCGGAGAGCUUCGCCAUCUACAAGCGGACCAGCGAGGGGGGGCCCUGGAUCCCGUAUCAGUACUACAGCAGCUCCUGUGAGAAGACGUACCAGAAGCAGAGCCGAGGCUUCAUCCGCACCGGCGAGGACGAGCAGCAGGCGCUCUGCACCGAUGAGUUCAGCGACAUCUCGCCGCUCACCGGAGGAAACGUGGCCUUCUCCACGCUGGAGGGGCGACCCAGCGCCUACAACUUCGACUUCAGCCCCGUCCUCCAGGACUGGGUGACGGCCACAGACAUCAGAGUGACCCUGAACAGACUCAACACGUUUGGAGACGAGGUUUUCAACGACCCCAAGGUCCUCAAGUCCUACUACUACGCCAUCUCUGACUUCGCUGUGGGAGGAAGGUGUAAGUGUAACGGCCAUGCCAGUGAGUGUGUGAAGAACGGCGGCGGGCGGCUGGUGUGUAACUGCAAACACAACACGGAGGGCGACGACUGCAGCGUCUGCAAACCGUUCUACAACGACCGGCCGUGGAGGAGAGCGACGGCCGACAACGCCAACGAGUGUCUGCCCUGCGACUGUAACGGGAAGAGCUCAGAGUGUUACUUCGACGCCGAGCUGUACCGAGCCACGGGUCACGGAGGUCACUGCAGGAACUGUGCCGACAACACCGACGGCCCCAACUGCGAGCGCUGCCUCGACAACUACUACAGAGAGCAGAGCGGCAGCCGCUGCCUGCCCUGCGGCUGCAGCACCGUCGGCUCAGAGUCUCCUCAGUGUGACAGCAGAGGAAUGUGUGCGUGUAAACCAGGAGUGACCGGAGAGAAGUGCGACCGCUGCCAGCCUGGAUUCCACAGCCUGACCGAGGCCGGCUGCAGGCCCUGCUCUUGCUCGCCCUCUGGUAGCACACAGGAGUGUGACGUCAACACAGGACAGUGUCGCUGUAAAGACAACGUGGAGGGCUUCAGCUGUGACAGGUGUAAACUGGGUUACUUCAACCUGGAUCCCAGCAACCCUCAGGGCUGCACCCCCUGCUUCUGUUUCCAGCACUCGUCUGUGUGCGACAGCGCCGAAGGCUUCAGCGUCCACACCGUCCGCUCCGACUUCUACAGAGAUGACGAGCAGUGGACCGGUCAGCAGCGCGAUGGAUCCAGUGUCUCCGUCCAGUGGUCUCCCAGUGGACAGGAAAUCUCCCUCAUCUCAGACGACUACUUCCCCAUGUACUUCGUGGCCCCAGAGAAGUUUUUGGGGAACCACAUGCUGAGUUACGGACAGAACCUGAGUCUGAGUUUCCGUGUGGACCGACGGGACACCCGUCUGUCAGCCGAGGAUCUGGUUCUGGAGGGAGCUAAUCUGAGGGUGGCCGUCCCCCUCAUCGCCCAGGGCAACGCCUACCCCAACGAGAACAUGCAGACAUACGUGUUCAGGCUCCAUGACAGCACUGAUUACCCCUGGAGGCCGACCAUCAGCCACUCUGACUUCCAGAAGCUUCUUCACAACCUGACGGCCAUCAAGAUCCGAGGCACCUACAGCGAGAGGAGUGCCGGUUACCUAGACGACGUCUCCUUGGUAACAGCGAGGAGGGGUCCAGGUGUCCCAGCCCGCUGGGUGGAACAGUGCACCUGUCCUCAGGGUUACCAGGGUCAGCACUGUGAGCAGUGCACUCUGGGAUACCGCCGCUCCCGCCCCGAGCUCGGAGCCUUCAGUUCCUGUGAGCCCUGCAACUGUAACGGACACAGUGACGCCUGCAACCCCAGCACAGGAGCGUGCGACUGUCAGCACAACACGGCCGGUUUGAGCUGUGAGCGCUGUAAAGACGGUUUCUAUGGCGACGCCACCCAGGGGACAUCAGGUGACUGUAAGCCAUGUCCCUGUCCGGCAGGAGCCACCUGUGCUGUCGUCCCCAAAACCAGAGAGGUGGUCUGCACCAACUGUCCCGCAGGAACCACAGGUAAACGCUGUGAGCUCUGUGACGACGGUUUCUUCGGGGACCCCCUGGGUCAGAACGGUCCGGUCCGAGCCUGCAGAGCCUGCAAGUGCAGCGACAACAUCGACCCCAACGCCGUCGGCAACUGCAACCGCGAGACCGGAGAGUGCCUGAAGUGCAUCUACAACACCGACGGCUUCUUCUGCGACCGCUGCAAGGAGGGUUUCUACGGCAACGCCCUGGCCACCAACCCCGCAGACAAGUGCAAACCCUGCUCCUGUUCUCCGUUGGGGACCGUGGACCAACAGACCAGCUGUUCUCAGGUCACCGGUCAGUGUCAGUGUCUCCCCAACGUCGCUGAGCGUGACUGCAGCGCCUGCCAGCCCGGCUUCUUCAACCUGCAGAGCGGCAACGGCUGCGAACGGUGUAACUGUAAUCCGAUUGGCUCCACCAACGGUCAGUGUGACAUCACUACAGGACAGUGUGAGUGUCAGCCCGGCAUCACCGGCCUGCGCUGUGAACGCUGCGAGGUCAACUUCUUCGGCUUCGGCUCAUCCGGCUGCAAACCCUGUGACUGCGACCCCGAGGGCUCUCAGUCCGGUCAGUGUAAGGAGGACGGUCGCUGUGAGUGUCGACCCGGCUUCGUCGGAGCUCGAUGUGACAUGUGUGAGGAGAAUUAUUUCUACAACCGCUCGGUGCCAGGCUGCCAGCAGUGUCCUUCCUGCUACAGUCUGGUCAGAGACAAGGUGAACCAGCAGAGGCAGAAGCUUCAUGACCUGCAGACCCUGAUCGAUAACCUGGGCUCGGGUCAGGAGACCGUCAGCGAUAAGGCCUUCGAGGACCGACUGAAGGAGGCAGAGAGAGCCAUCAUGGAGCUGCUGGAGGAGGCUCAGAGCAGCAAAGAUGUAGACAGAGGCCUGCUGGAUCGUCUGAACAACAUCAACAACACUCUGACCACUCAGUGGAACCGACUGCAGAACAUCCGCAACACGGUGGACGACAUCGGAUCUCAGGCCGACCGCGCACGAAACCGGGUCCGGGACGCCGAGAACCUGAUCGACCGAGCCCGGCAGGAGCUGGACAAGGCCAAGGACACCAUCAGCAAAGUGGACAUCAAACCGCCCGGAGGCACCGGAGAACCCAACAACAUGACGCUGCUGGCCGAGGAGGCUCGCAGACUGGCUGAGAAGCACAAGAUGGACGCCGAUCAGAUCGAGAAGAUCGCCAAAGACGCCAACGACACGUCGACCAAAGCGUACAACCUGCUGCUGAAGACUCUGGAGGGAGAGAGCAAGACGAGCCAGGAGAUCGACGAGCUCAACAGGAAGUACAACGAGGCGAAGGAGCUGGCGAAGAAUCUGGAGAAACAGGCCAACAAGGUUCAGGCGGAGGCUGAAGACGCCGGAAACAGAGCUCUGAAGAUCUUCGCCAACCUGACCAGCCUCCCGCCGUUCGACACCAAGGCUCUGGAGGAUGAAGCCACUAAGAUCACGAAGGAGGCGUCGGACCUGGACAAGCUGAUCGAUAAGACGGAGAAGGAGUACAACGACCUCAGAGACGACCUGAAGGCCAAAGAGCAAGAAGUCCGCAAACUGCUGGAGAAAGGCAAAAGUGAGCAGCAGACUGCAGAUCAGCUGUUGGCUCGCGCCGAUGCCGCCAAAGCUCUGGCUGAGGAGGCGGCAAAGAAGGGUCAGUCCACCUACAAAGAGGCCGAGGGCAUCCUGAACGACCUCAGAGACUUCGACAAGAGGGUCAACGACAACAAGACAGCCGCCGAGGAGGCCAUGAAGAAGAUCCCCGCCAUCAACGCUACCAUCAUGGCCGCUAACGAGAAGACCAGGCAGGCGGAGGGGGCGCUCGGCAACGCUGCCGCCGACGCCCGAGAGGCCAAGAAGAAGGCGGAGGAGGCUGAGAAGAUCGCCAGCAAUGUGCAGAAGGGCUCAGCCAAGACCAAGGAGGACGCAGAGAAGGCCUUCCAGGACACCAACAAACUGGACAGCGAGGUCAACGACAUGAUGGACCAGCUGAGCGCUGCCGAGAAGGAGCUGAUCAGGAAGAAGGCUGAGGCCGACCAGGACAUGAUGAUGGCUGCAAUGGCGUCCAACAAUGCUAAGGAGGCGGAGGACAACGCCCGCAAGGCCAAGAGCGCCGUGAAGACGGUCCUGAGCACCAUCACCUCCCUGCUGGACCAGCUGGGAAACAUCGACAAGGUGGACCUGAGCAAACUGAACCAGAUCGACGAGUCGCUGAAGAGGGCCAAGGGCAAGAUGGCCGACAGCGACCUGGACAGGAAGCUGGCGGAGCUGAACGACGUGGCGCGGACCCAGGAGGAGAUGAUCAACGACUACGACCGGCAGAUCCGCGAGAUCCGCGCCGACAUCAACAACCUCAACGACAUCAAGAACACGCUACCCGACGGCUGCUUCAACACGCCGUCUCUGGAGAGGCCUUAACCCCGCCCUCCUCCUCCUCCAUCACUCUCCUCUUCACGUCUAACACUCCGGCAAACGUGCCGACUCUUACCAAAACAGUUUUUAAACUUUUUGUUUUCAGAUUCUUGUCUCUGAUUUUCUUUUUCAAGAGAGAAGCCAAUACUUCAAGCCACGAUCACGGAAAGCGAAAGAGAAGCAGCUGUUUUUGUUUUCUUUGUUAGUUUUUGUUUCGAGACGCAGAAACGUGGUUACGGUCGAAUGAACUAAGCGGCGCAGAGAAGCUGUGCAGAGAGGAGGAAGAAAAACCAGAACCACAAACCCGACGUGACUGCACCCGUCUGCUCCACAACAGGAAGUUCCUCAGGCCUCCGGGAACGUCCAGCUUUUACCCAUCACUCCAGCUACUUCAGAGUUUUACAGUUUUCAGCUGAAUGUGCGGCUAUGCGUUGUUAGAGCGCCGUCAUCCACAGCGUUUUUUAUUUUUAAAUCAACCACACAGUGAAGGAAUCCUCCCGUUUUCCUGCUCCUUUCUCCCAAAGCUGCGUCUGACACAAACAGCUUCUCUUUUCUUGGACAGUAUUUUCACCUCCAGCAGGUUGUGUUGCUGAGUGAAGUCGAGCCCACUCUGCUGCUGCGUCUGACACCAGGAGCCCCUGAAGUCCCUCACAGCCGCUUUUCAACAUCUUGUGUACAAGAUAAAUUAGUGUUUUGUUCCCACAGGAAAUGUGAGAAAACAGGUUAAUAUCUCGUUCACACGUUACACGAGGCGCAGGAUCUGUGGUCACAGGUUAUUAUUGUGUGUGUGUGUGUGUGUUAGGCAGCAUCGUGUCAGAAUACAACACUAUAUUAGAUAAAGUAAGAUCCUCUUUGCAGAAGAACCUGGAAAGCCGUGUCUUCCAGCAGAUAACACGUCUUCUGCAUGAAUGUGCUUGUCCUGAUGGGAGAGAUCACCUCAGCAGGAAGUUAUCUUGUUCCUAAUGAACCGUAAUGUGAUGGAAUAAGACGCACGUCGUCUUGUUCCAUGAGAUAAAAUCUUUCUUCAUUCGCGAACACGAUAAUAAACUAAUAUCACACAAUAAUGACACGGUGUGUCAGGACUUCGGGGGCUGUGUGGGUGAGUCUUCACAUCAGCGCGUUUCUCACCGCGGUCACACACCAUUUCAUGUACUGAUGCUACAACACUGCGUUUUUAUUUUUACUGUCUGUGGUUCGAAGUCGCUGCUUAUCACUGGUGUUUUUACCAAUCACACAUUAACAUCUUCUUCCAGGCUCAAAUCCAACACUAUGCAACUUUGUACAUUUUGCGUAGCGAGAGUUUUAUCUGAUACACUGGUGCUAAUAAUUAUUUCAAAUGUUAUAUUUUUGUGUGAAUGUUUUUUAUUAAGACAUAGAGUGAGGAAUUUGUUAUUUGUGUAAAUAUAUGCUUCAAUGAUUCAGGACUGGCUGAUUUUCAGAAAUAAAACUCCAACAUGCAAACAGCCGCGAAAAGUUCUAUCACAAUCAAUCAACUGAAACCUCCAGGUUAAAUAUAUAGAAAUAUCUAUGAUAACGUCUGUGGUAUGUUAUUAUUAUAUGCUUGCUUGUAUACAAGGCUCAGUGUUGCUGCCUCAUAGCGAUGCCAAUAUUGCAUUUGUGUUUAAUUGAUUCUCUGUGGGUUUUUUCACAUUAAUUCAACCUAAAUGAAUAUUUUUGUUUAGUUUUGUUUGUUUUUGUUUGUUUUUCUUUGACCCUUGUACCAAUCAGGACGUUUUAAAGUGGGUGUCGCUGCCUCACGAGUCGUCAUUUCACUGAGACACUGAGCUCGGUCACAGUAGUUAACUGUUUAAAUUAGCGUUUUGUGCCUUAAUAUAAAGUUGGGUUGUAAUCACGGUCCCAGUGAGGGCUUCCACGUUUUGUUUCACAGAAAUGUCCUUGUCGUCCUUCACGCCGUCUCCUCGUGUCAGUGCUGAGGCAGGGUUUUUUUUUCUUUUUUUAAAUCAGGUCCUAAACAGAGCCAAAAAUCUGAUCCUAAUCCUGCAGGUAACAGCCAAACACCACCAACAGACAUCAGCUCAGCUCUGAAACGUAACGGUGAUCGUUUAUCUGACCAGCGAAGGAGGAUCUAACAUCUGAUCUGGACUCUGACUUGUUUUUGUCAUCUGUUGUUUUAUUUUCCUCCCUCCAUCCAGACGGCUGCUCUGCAGGAUGUGCAGCACGUGCAGACAUGAUGUAUAAACAGUAUUUUAAGUUAUAAUGUACCAGUUAUUUGUGUUGUAACCCUGUUGUCUUAGGUGGUGAUGUUUGUGCUGCACAGCCUGCAGGACGUCAUGUCUCCAGCCCUGUGAGGACCUGAAUGACCCUGUUUGUCCCCACGUGCCUGUAAAUCCAAACUUUAACCUUUGAAUAAUAAAAACUGACUACAGGAA